AUGUACUACGUUUGUCCUUUACAUAAGAUCUUGUUUGAUUCAUUGCCUAAGGCGGACAGUUUCAUAAAAAAUAGUUUCGACUUGGUAGACAAUUUAAGAGGAAUAUACACGAACAAUAAUUAUAGUUUGAUCUCGCUUGAUGUUGUUUCAUUGUUCACGAACAUCCCUUUGGAUUUAGCACUUGAAUGUGUCAAUGAUCAUUGGGAACACAUCUUGAAGAAUUGCAAAUGUUCGCAAUCUGAAUUUGUAGAAGCAAUCAAUCUGGUAUUGGAUUCUACAUAUUUUCAGUUCGAUGGAACUAUAUAUAAACAGAAUUUCGGCACUCCCAUGGGCUCGCCAUUAUCACCCAUCGUGGCAGAUUUGGUCAUGCAAAAAUUAGAGAAAGUGGCUUUAUCAAGUUACAACAACGAAGUUUUAUUGUACUAUCGAUAUGUUGACGAUCUACUUGCGGCAGUUCCGAAAGACAAGAUCAACGAUUUUCAUAAUAGUUUUAAUACAUUCCAUCCUAGACUGCAGUUCACAUUGGAAGUGGGUGAUGACUCUAUUAAUUUUCUUGAUGUGACGAUAAUGGUUAAUGUAGACCGGUUCUCGUUUAAUUGGUACCGGAAGCCAACUUUCUCAGGGAGAUUCUUAAAUUAUCUUUCGAACCAUCCAGAAUCUCAAAAAAGAGGUAUUAUCUUCAAUUUAGUUGAUAGAGCCAUAUUCUUAUCUGAUUCGUCUUUCCACCAUGAAAACAUAGAACUAAUUAUUGAUAUUCUCAUUAAUAAUGACUUCCCUCUGAAGUGUAUUUUUGAUGCUAUUAAUGAGAGAUUACGUCACAUUAAACAUAGAUCUAGAGUAUCACAUGACCAAAGUGACCUCAAUGACAAGAGUGCAGCAAUGACUUCUUGGUUUUCUGUGCCGUUUAUCAAAAAUAUUACUGACAAAUUCAUGAAAUUGAAUAGAGACGACUUAAAAGUUUCGUUUUUUAGUUCGAACAAGAUCAGUAAAUUUGUUGGUGUACAUAAGGACAGAAUACCAGAGGAAGUUAAAAAUGACGUUGUAUACAAAAUUAACUGUAACGAUUGUAAUGCAACCUAUGUUGGACAAACGAGCAGACAAUUAAAAACUAGAAUAUAUGAACAUCGUAACCACAUUAAAUGGAAUACGUCUGCUCGUUCAGUGAUUACCGACCAUAGGUUGCAAUAUGCACAUGACUUCGACUGGAAUAAUGUCAAAGUUCUUGAUGUAGAGUCUUGUUACACAAAGCGCUUAAUUUCCGAAAUGCUUUAUAUUAAGAAACAGGAGAAUGGCAUUAAUUUACAAACAGACACGGUUGGCCUUCACAAAGAAUAUGUAAAUAUUAUAAAUAAAUUGUAA